UCUUUCUUUGUAUCUUCUUCCUUCUUCUUCAAAACAAAUAACAAGAAGAAGAAAGGAAGAAAGAAUAUAUAAAUAAAUAUAAAUAAAAACAGAGUCUGAUAAAUUUAUUAUAUAUCAUGGGUAGAGUGUCCACGUUCACAGUGGCGGUGGCAACCACCGCUUUGUUGAUGUGCCUUUGGGUUGGGGUACAGGCGGAGGACCCUUACCUGUUCUUCGAGUGGAACGUCAGCUAUGGGACAAUCUCCCCCUUGGGUGUCCCUCAGGAAGGCAUCCUCAUCAAUGGUCAAUUCCCGGGGCCUAAGAUCAACUGCACCUCCAACAAUAACAUCGUUGUCAACGUCUUCAACAACCUCGACGAGCCUUUCCUCCUAACUUGGUAUGGUAUCCAGCACAGGAAGAACUCUUGGCAAGACGGUACCCCCGGAACCAUGUGCCCAAUCAUGCCCGGUACCAACUAUACCUAUCACUUUCAAGUCAAGGACCAGAUCGGAAGCUUCUAUUACUUCCCCACCACAGGCUUGCACAGGGCAUCUGGCGGCAUUGGUGGCCUCCAAAUCCACAGUCGUAAUCUUAUCCCCGUCCCCUUUGAUGCACCCGCCGAUGAUUACAGCGUAAUCAUAGGGGAUUGGUAUACUAAGGGUCACAAAGCUCUUAAGAAGCUCUUAGACUCCGGUCGCACCCUAGCCAGGCCUGAUGGCAUCCAGAUCAACGGCAAGUCUGGCAAGGUUGGCGAACAACAACCCGUCCUUUUCACCAUGGAGGCUGGAAAAACCUAUAGGUACAGGGUUUGCAAUGUCGGACUUAAAACCUCCCUCAACUUGAGGAUCCAAGGGCACACCUUGAAGUUGGUGGAGAUGGACGGUUCCCACACCGUCCAAAAUGUGUACGACUCCCUUGACAUUCAUGUUGGGCAGUGCUUCUCAGUGCUUGUCACCGCCAACCAAGAGCCCAAGGACUAUUACAUGGUUGUUUCCAGUAGGUUCACCAAACACCCACUAACUGCCGUUGGCAUCGUCCGCUAUGCCAAUGGCAAGGGCCCAGCCUCUGCUGAGCUCCCACCACCCCCACCGGAGACUGCCAAUGGCAUUGCUUGGUCCAUUAACCAGUUUCGCUCAUUCCGCUGGAACUUGACAGCCAGUGCUGCCCGCCCAAACCCUCAGGGCUCCUACCACUAUGGUAAGAUCAACAUCACCCGUACCAUCAGGCUUGUCAACUCAAGGAGCUAUGUGAACGGAAAUCUUCGUUACGCCAUCAACGGUGUCUCUCACAAAGAUGAGUCAACCCCUCUUAAGCUCGCUGAGUACUAUGGAAUCCAUGAUAAGGUGUUCAAGUAUGACAUCAUCAAAGAUGAGCCUGAGGCUGAGGCUGAGAAGAAAGUGGCUUUGAGCCCGAACGUCGUUAAUGCCACAUUCCGUAACUUCGUGGAGAUAAUCCUAGAGAACCAUGAGAAGACCAUUCAGACAUGGCACCUGGAUGGGUAUUCCUUCUUUGCCGUGGCAAUUGAGCCCGGGAGGUGGAGCCCAGAGAAGAGGAAGAACUACAAUCUUGUGGAUGCGGUGAGCAGGCACAACAUCCAGGUGUACCCAGGAUCGUGGGCAGCCAUCAUGACCACACUGGACAACGCUGGAAUGUGGAACAUGAGGUCAGAGAUGUGGGAGAGGUUUUACUUGGGACAACAGCUCUACAUUAGCGUCCUCUCCCCUGCACGCUCCCUUAGGGACGAAUACAACCUCCCAGACGACACCCCACUGUGUGGCAUUGUCAAGGACUUGCCCAAACCCCCUCCUUACAGCAUUCAUGGUACCUAAGAAUAUAAUGGAUUUGCAUUAUAUUAUUAUUACAUAGCAUAUAACGAUGUAAUGUAACAGAGAGGAGUUGGUGGUCACUGUCAGUGUCUACUGUGGAAUGUGUUUACUUUAAGGCUUGGCUUUGCUGGCUGAUAAUAAAUUUAUCAACUCUUAAAAAACACAUGUUAUUAA